AUGCAUAUCAUUAAGCCCGUUUGGCUGACACAUGGGGGCGAACGGAAGGAUUUCGAGGUUUAUAGUUGUGAUGUAUCCCCCGAUGGGAGUCGCUUGGUGACAGCUGCUGGAGAUGGAUACGUUCGGAUAUGGUCGACAGAGGCGAUCUGCAACACCGACGACCCGGAACAAGCCAGUAAGCCGAAACAGCUGGCGUCGAUGAGCAAUCACUCUGGAACGAUACAUACGGUGCGGUUCUCGCCAAAUGGGAAAUACCUUGCCUCGGGGGCGGAUGAUAAGAUUGUGUGCAUUUAUACAUUGGAUGCGAAUCCGCCGUCCCAUGCGUCGACGUUCGGGUCAAACGAGGCACCUCCUGUGGAGAACUGGCGCACGAUUCGGAGAUUGAUCGGCCAUGAUAACGAUGUUCAGGAUUUGGGAUGGUCGUACGAUUCUUCGAUAUUGGUUUCGGUUGGAUUGGAUUCGAAGGUUGUCGUGUGGUCGGGGACUACGUUUGAGAAGCUCAAGACCCUUUCUAUUCACCAGAGUCACGUCAAGGGCAUCACAUUUGAUCCGGCGAAUAAGUACUUUGCUACAGCCAGUGAUGAUCGCACUGUUCGAAUCUUCCGCUUUACGUCUCCUGCGCCGAAUUCCAGCGCUCAUGACCAGAUGAACAACUUCGUCCUUGAGCAGACUAUCUCCGCACCGUUUUCGAAUUCCCCUUUGACGGCCUACUUCCGCCGGUGUUCCUGGUCGCCAGAUGGUAUGCACAUCGCAGCGGCCAAUGCGGUGAAUGGCCCCGUCAGCUCGGUUGCGAUCAUCAACCGGGGCUCGUGGGACGGCGACAUUAAUCUUAUUGGGCAUGAAGCACCGGUCGAAGUCUGCGCUUUCUCUCCGCGGUUAUACUCGCCCCAACCGAUCACCAAACCGGCAGUGGAUAGCCAAGGCCAGGUGGUCCACAACUCCGUCACAGUAAUCGCAUGCGCGGGCGGUGAUAAGUCACUCAGCAUUUGGAUCACCAGUAAUCCGAGGCCUAUCGUGGUGGCCCAAGAACUGGCUGCCAAGUCCAUUUCCGACCUGGCAUGGAGUCCGGAUGGCAAAUGCCUUUAUGCAACUGCCCUUGACGGCACAAUUCUUGCAGUGCGGUUCGAAGAUGGGGAUCUAGGCUAUGCGAUGGAGAUGGAGGAGAAUGAAAGAUCGCUUACCAAGUUUGGCACGAACCGGAAGGGCGCCGGCAUCACCGAGACCACGGACGGACUGCUUCUUGAGGAGAAGAGUAAAGCUGGAGAGAUCAAGGGAGUCGAGGGCCGCAUGGGUGCUUUGAUGGGUGACGAUCAUGCGGCUGCAGACAACACGGCCAAUGGAAAGCCUGGCUCAGGAGCAUCGAAUGGUGUAACGCCAGCUCGAGCAGCGUCUCCUACGCCGGAUACACAAAAGUCUCAGCCGAACGGAACCGCAGGCACGCCUGCAGCACAGGAGCCGGAGAAGCCCGAUCCAUACCAGGCAAAGCUGGAAAGGCUGAAGCAGCGUCCGACGUAUACGAAGGAUGGAAAGAAGCGAAUCGCCCCCCUUCUGGUAUCGGGUGCUGGAGCGGCUGAAUCCUCUCUUCCACAAGCCCGACUCAUGGCGUCGGUCAGUAGCCAAGUCAAGGCCGACACACCGCAAUCGAUUGUGGACCUGUCCAAGCCUUUCGAUGGGCUACCCAAGGGUGGUCUGGCAGCCCUGCUUUUCGGAAACAAGCGCAAACUCGCUCAGUUAGAAGGGGAUGACGAUGGGCAUGUUGAGAAGCGCGUGGCGCUGGCCAGCCAAAAUGGAGCCACCCCGAUUCUGGCAAGCACGCCCGACGGUCUACUUCCUGCUCAACCGCAGCCCGCACCCACCGGUCAGCAACAAACGCCAGAAUUCAUUCGACCAGCUGUUAUGAAUCCUUGCAUGGCAAUCAGUCAGCUUCGCUUGGCGGUCCCGAAGGUCCGCAGUCAAAUAGUACGGGCCAUCGAUCCAACUGGGAAACCGACAGAGCCCAAUGCGCCGGGGGAAACCAACAAGUCGCGGGUUGACGUGGUUUUUGAAGCACGCAAUCCAUCUCCGGCCAGCUUGACGGGGCGUGCGAUUGAUCGAGAACCGGUGCGGCUCACGCUUUUCCGUGGCGAGCAGCCCCUGUGGCAGGACUUCCUCCCGCGCACUGUUCUUCUGGUAACAGGUAAUUUGAGCAUGUGGGCUGCAGCUUGCGAAGACGGAUCGGUGUACAUCUGGACGCCAGCUGGGCGUCGGCUGGUCAGUGCCUUGGUACUUGAGGCACAGCCAGUGAUCCUGGAGUGCAAUGGUCCUUGGAUUCUCUGCAUCUCAGCUGUGGGCAUGUGCUAUGUCUGGAAUGUGAAACAUCUUUCCUCUCCACAUCCGCCUAUUUCAUUGCAGCCAGUGCUUGACGCUGCUGUUCACACAUUGGGCGCACACCCGAGCGCUGCGCCCGCCAUCACAAACGCCCGAAUCAACUCCGAAGGUCGCGUGGUGGUUGCUUUGUCGAAUGGUGAGGGAUACUCCUAUUCACCGUCCAUGUACACCUGGCAGCGGAUCUCGGAGUCUUGGUGGGCAGUUGGCAGUCAGUACUGGAACACCACGGAAGCGCCUGUGGGCAAUCUCCAGUCGACAGACUCGCAGGACAAAGACGCCAAGGCAGCAGUAUCGGCAGGAAUUGUUCCAUUCUUGGAGCGCAACACCACAAAUGAGACGCUGCUGCGUGGGCGUGCCUACUUCCUUCAGCGACUGAUCAAGGUACUGCUGUCGCGGGAGGGAUAUGAGAGCUUCGAGUCCAGCGUCUCCAUCGCUCACCUUGAGAAUCGCCUUGCUGCCGCGUUGUCUCUAGGCGCCAAGGAAGAGUUCCGACUGUAUCUGUCGAUGUACGCUAAGCGGAUCGGGGCCGAGGGGCUGAAGAUGAAGGUCGAAGAGCUGCUGAAGGGAUUGAUCGGCGGGCUCUUCGAAGAGGAGGAUGCAGACGCGGUCCGCCGGUUACAGGACAACGAGCAGGACGACCGGAAUUGGCGCGAAAGCUCCGAGACCCUCUGUGGCUGGCCACGGGAGGUGUUGUUGAAGGAGGUGAUCCUUGCUCUUGGCAAACAUCGUGAUCUCCAACGUGUGACGGUGCCUUAUGCGAAGCUGCUGGGAGUGGUGGACAACGAGUCUGAGGCUGGAGAUGCCAUGGAAACCUAA